GCUCCAGCAUUAUUGGUUGCUAAACAUGAUGGUUCAUGGCGAAUGGUAGUUGAUUAUAAAAAAUUAAAUAAUAUUACAAUUAAAGAUAAUCAUCCGUUACCCAAUAUGGAACAAGCAAUACCAGUACUUGGUGGUGGUUAUAAAUUUUUUUCAAAACUUGAUAUGAAAAGUGGAUUUUGGCAAAUUCCAAUUAAAGAAGAAGAUAAAUAUAAAACCACCUUUAAUACUCCUGAUGGUUUAUAUGAAUAG